UGUGUAAAGGGAGGAGCGGGGUGGUGGUGGGGGGGCUGCCUUUCGUUCUGAAGGGAAUGCAAUAGAAGCAGCAAAAGGGCGAGCGAGAGAGGCAAGGAGAGCAAGCGAAUCGACCUGCUCCUUUCGGCUGCCAGGUGGAGUUGGGAACGGCAGCCUGACCACGGAGGGAGGAGAGGUUCCCGCACGAGGGCAGGAAAAGGAGGAUAAUAAUCCGCUAAGAGAGAAAGAGAGACAAACAGAGAGGCAGGGGAGGCAGAGAGAGCGAAAGCGAGAACCAAAGAGAUAGAGAGGGAGAAUGCUGUCGGUUGGCGGGGGAGGAGGCAGAAGAGAGAGACGAACAAGAUGAAAUAACAGCAGAUGGAAGAGGAUGGACUGCAGAGGUGGCAAUACAGAGCUGGAGGACUGAGGAAAUGUAAUAAGGGCUCCCAUUGGUGAGGAAUAAGCUAGGCUUUGAAGACAUUGCACCCGAAGCCUAACUUCACUCCUUGCGGUGAACAAUUCAGCAUUAAAAAUCCCUUGAAGAUCUGAUGCUCUUUGUUACUGGUGGACAACAUGCACAUAGAAAUAUCAGCCUCCUUCCCAUAGCAAACAAGGAAUGGUAUGGAUCGUGCGGAACCUGUCAAGGGUUGGCAUCUAAGGUACUGAAUCCCUGUUUUGGAUCUCCUGUCAUUCAGAGGGAGCUGGACUGCCUGUUUCUCCUAGGGCUUGUUUAUUAAAGGGAAAAAUAGGUUGCAACAGUGUGAAAACAGGUGUCUCUCCAAGACCACCUGAAAUCCUUGGACAGCAGUUCUUCUGUUGGAUUCAGGAAGGUGCAAUGCUUACAGUCCACCAUACUGCACUGUUGCUCUGUACCUAGUCAGUGUGUCCACCUCACAGCAACAGUUUGCUGAAGACCUCCGAUCAAGGAGCGCACCCCCUACGGGCAAAGGAGGCAGAAUAACAAGAGGAGAAAGGGAAGCAGGCACCUGAAACCCCCGAUCAUGCAGUCCGACGACCUGUUCAUCCGCAAGUUUCGCCGCCAGAACCUUCGGCCUCCACUGGCAUCGGUCACCUUUGAGGCAAAAAGGGAGAGUGUUGGUGUGCGGACACGGGUGGUAGCGGAGUGGCCCCCCAGGAGAGGCUACGACAGUGUGGAUGGCGAGGGUGUGACCCCUAGUCGGGUGGGCUCCAAUCUUCGCUCGGCGGGCCGCAGCCACAUCAUGCAGAGGAGCAACAGCGACGUGACACUGGGGGACCUGGAAGCCCCGGGGAAGGGCGUAGGCAAGGUCAUGGGGAUGGGGGGCCGGAAGGUAGGCCUGGGAGAUGAAGGUAUUGUGGAUACAGGGCUACCAGGUGAUUCUGGGGGGAUGCUGCACAGGGAGUAUGGUAGCCUCUCCUCAUUGGAGCAACAGACACGCCCACAGCUGUUAAAUAGUGAUGAACAGGGUGUCCUGAGCCCCUCCUCCGCUCUCCGUUUCAAAGACCCACUCCUCUUACUGGGCCUUCCAGGCCCUGAGUCUGAACCGGAACAUGAGCCUAACAACUUCUUCCGCGCUCUGUCCGCACCAGAAGGAGACUCGAAGGUAGCCAAGGCUGCCAAACUGGAGCAACAAAGCAAGAAGGCAAAGACUAGCAGCUCCCCACAGCUGGCCCAGGUGUGCCCUGGUGACAGUCUGGGGGGUGGGAUGUGGGUCCGGAAUUUUGCGCACUAUGAUGUGCAGAGCAUUCUCUUCGACCUGACAGAGGCCGCGUCCAACCGUGACAGCAUUGGCCGUAAGAAGAACAUCACUUCAGGGGCUUCUGCAGCAUCACAGCUACGGCCGUCCACUGCGGCCACCCCUCCUUUGCCAGCGGUGGGGGGCGUUAGUAGCGAGGAGGACCCCGAGGCCCUACGGGAGACAGCGCUGCUAGAUGAAGGCGAUGGCAAUGACAGUGACAUGCUCCUCAGCUGCCCUCACUUCCGGAAUGAGAUUGGGGGCGAAGAGCGGGCAGGCCUUGGGCGGGCGCGGGGCCCGGGGGGGCUGCGGCUUAGCCUGAGGAGCCCUAAUGACGCUGUGUCCGUGCUGGAGGAGCCCAGGGAGAGCCAUGUGCAGCAGCAGGGCAAGAGCAAUUACUUCAUUGAGCACGCAGACUUGGGGGCCCACUACUAUCGCAAAUACUUCUACAUGAAAGAUCACCAGAACUUCUUUGGUGUGGACGAGCGCCUGGGACCUGUUGCCAUCAGCUUUCGACGGGAGGAGAAGGAGAGCUCCAGUGGAGUUCAGUACAACUACAGGAUCAUCUUCCGCACCACCGAGUUGAAGACUCUACGGGGCUCCAUCCUGGAGGAGUCAGUGCCGUCAGCAGCGCGCCAUGCUACUCCCCGUGGUCUUUCUCCCAAGCGGCUGCUGGAGCACAUCAUACCCGAGCUAAACCUGAACUGCCUACGAUUGGCCUCCAACUCUCCCAAAGUCCGGGACACACUGUUGAAGCUGGACGAGCAGGGGCUGAACUUCCAGCGGAAGGUGGGGGUGAUGUACUGCCGGGCCAACCAGAGCUCUGAGGAGGACAUGUACAACAAUGAAAGCGCGGGUGCUGCUUUUGACGAGUUCCUAGAUCUUCUGGGGGAGCGUGUGCGACUGCUGGGAUUUGAGAAGUACCGGGCACAGCUGGAUACAAAGUCGGAUUCCACUGGUACUCAUUCGCUGUACACACGAUACCAGGACUAUGAGAUCAUGUUCCAUGUGUCAACCAUGCUCCCCUACACACCCAACAACAUGCAGCAGCUACUGAGGAAAAGGCACAUUGGCAAUGACAUUGUGACCAUCGUCUUCCAAGAACCAGGAGCCCUGCCCUUCACCCCAAAAACCAUUCGCUCGCACUUUCAGCAUGUAUUCAUCAUCGUCCAGGUCCACCAUCCCUGCACGGAGCACACCUACUACAGGGUGGCUGUGACCAGAUCCAAGGAUAUUCCACUGUUUGGACCCCUCUUCCCCAAAGGGGCUCACUUUCCCCGUUCUCCGGCGUUCCGGGAUUUCCUCCUGGCCAAGGUGGUAAAUGCUGAGAAUGCGGCAGAGAAGUCCGAGAAGUUCCUCUCCAUGGCAACACGCACACGCCAGGAGUACCUGAAGGACUUGGCAGAGAACUUUGUCACCACCACACCCAUUGACUCCUCAACCAAGUUCCCCCUUCUUUCUCUUGGUGGCAAGCGAAAGGACAAGCUGAAGGGCGCCAAGGGUGCGGAGCUACACAGUGCAGGGGCCUUGAUAUGGGCUGUGCUCGCAGCAGAGGGCGGAGCAAACAGCGACAGAAUACCCUGCCUUCUGGGUAUUUCUGCUGAAUCGGUGGUGCUGAUUGAGAGGUCUUCUCGUCGGGUGGUUUUCAACUGCUGUUGCCGUGAUGUGAUUGGCUGGAAGGCAAUGAUGGAGGGAGGAGCAAAAGGCGGGCCUUGCCUUGACAUCUUCUAUGAGCGGGGAGACUGGGUGUCUGUCAGUGUUUCUGACAGCCAGAUGGAUGACAUCCGGGAGGUGGUCCAGAGACUAGAGCUGGUCACACGGGGGUGUGAGGCGCGGGAGAUAACUGCCCUGAGGGAUGCUGUGGGCCAGCCAGGCUUCUCGCUGAACGAGGAAGGCUUCGUGGUGGAUCUGCAGCGCUACAGCUAUGUGGAGAAAGCGGGACUGCAACACUGGGCACGUGUGGUGCAGCUGUGCGGGCAUUCACUGGUGGGUAUGCCUCAGGCUGAGAGGACCAACCUGCUGCGUACCACAUCCAAAAUCCAGCUCACCGUCAUCGCUCCGGAUGAAAAAGGAAAGCCACGCAGGAGUUUCUCAGAGCUCUACCAGAAGGCCAUGCAGGACACGGAGCACAAGGCAGAGGGGGGGCAGUGCAGGGAGGCCUGGGUUUUGGAGGAGAACAAGGAGUGUGAAGAGGGUGCGGGUGAGACAGCCCAGCCAGCAGAAGAAGCAACACCCAAAGAUGUGCCACCGGGGCCAGUCGUGGAAGGGGAAUGUCAGUACUCACUCAUCUCCCCGCCUUUCCAGCACGCUCUCCAGCAUAACCCUGCCAGCCUGCUUCUCGAUGACACCCCCAGCCAACUGACACACGGUUGCUCACUGGAGAGUUCGUUGUAUGACAGUAGGACCAAGCUGAAGGAUAAUCACAUCUACACCAACAUUACGGCACUGCAUGACACCACACCUGACCUUAUCUUGGCGGUCAAGCCCAAGUCGGUCCUGGAUGAGGAGGGGCUGCAGGACCAGGCUGUAAGGGCGGUCGCAAGCGAGGGUCGGCUCUCUGCCACCGAACCCUCCCAGCCACCACCUCUCUUGGUCAGCUUGGAGGCUGGCGACCGCAGCUCCCGUGCCCUAAACCUGCACAACUCUAUAACCAAGAUACUGUCAGAGACCACUGAUUCCUCUGAGGAGGAAUGGCAGUCCAUCUCAGACCUCGCCACAGCCUGUCGCAGUAUUCUGGAGGCCCUGUCUCAAGAAGACCAAAUUGCUGGAGACGGAGCCCAGGCUACGGGGGACAGCACAAUCACACCAGUGCAAAUGGACUCCAAGAUGAAAGACAUACCGCAUAGUGACACCAGUAGCCACCUGGAGGAGAAAGUGUCCCAGCUGGAGACCAUGCUGAAGAGGCUACAGGAUGACCUGCAAAAGAGGAUGUAACCAAAGUGGCGAAUGGGUCUUUGUAGCUGUCUGCCGAUCUUCACACCAUACUGCCUGAAGAUGCUGGCUGACCUGACCUUAAGAGUUUGACACCUGACAGAACUGCAGCCAUUGAACUUAACAGCAUGGAAACUGUGAAAUUUUGAAGCAUACCUACAAGAAAUGUUCACAAGCAUGCCGGCUAAUUAGAUGUGCCGUUCUGUUGUCUGCAAUGUUAGUAGACUGGAUCAAACUUUGAGCUGUGCUUUAUGCAUAUUUGGGUUUACCUGGUGGAAGGCAAGGGUUGGGUGAGGGGGCAGAUUUUUGCAUGCCUCUCUCCACCUUCUCCACAAAACUGUCAAACUGAAGAGACAGUUACAAACCCAGUAAACGUUGCUUCCAGGUAGCCAUCAGUAUGAGUACAUUUUUAUCCUAGAUGGUAAACCAAGCUGGAAGAUGAUCACUGGAGCUUCUCAGCAUUCACUGAAAAACAAUGUGUGCUAAAGUGAAGUUAUUUCACCUUCACUUUUCUCAAAAAAAGGAGGUUCUACAUCAUCAAGCUGCCCAAGCAUGCAUGAAGAUGUUACCAUGUUGAUAUGUCCCUUGAAUCCGUCCAAAACAUGCAACAAGCACCCGCAAGCUACCGAGGAGAAGACACAACCUGUCGAGCACCAACAUGAUGGCCUCAUAAAUGGACCCCAGUCAUCCUUUUUUUGCCCUCAUCAACUGUAUCAUGCCUCACUACUCAUUAACAGAGUAUUAUCAUCAAUCUACCAGUCAACAUGAUCACUCUCCCCCUGUGUCCACACACAAGGAAGACAGGUUAUGUUUUCACCACGAGAGUGAGCAUGGUUUGCUCUGUACUCUUAUGACCAGAAAUAUUCCUACUGAGAGUCGGAGAGGAAUCGACUGACUGAAGGAGCAGUAAUGGCUGGUUUUCAUGUUCUCUCUUGGCGAUACUUUAAGGACAGCCAGCACCUCAAAAAUGGCUUUUCUUGAGCUUCUAGAUUAGCAUCAAUGCCUUUUGGACCACUUCUGUAUGAAAGGGCCCUGAAGUCAGCGAAUCCAUACAUUAACACUACUGCUGUUUUUAGAGCAGACUCUGCUUUUGAAGACAGUACAUCCAAAAAGCUUCUCUGACAGGCAUUUGCACAGAGAUUGAUGAUAAUACACAACUUACCUUCUCCUAUUUUAACCCCCAGUCACGCCCCCCACUACACCAAUCCACUCAGCCUAUCCUGCCUCCCCUAAGCACUCACUUUCUUUGUGAGUGUGAGGUGAUUUAAAACCCUCCACAGCCCACCACAGAAACAUCUGGGUCAUGGACACUGCCAUUAACACUGAGCUCUGUAUCAGGACUGGGUGUGGAAGGCCUGUGCGUUUUGCAGUAGAUCCUGCAUGUUCUGUCUGCACAUUUCAAAGGGCAGCUGAUUAUGUGUGGUAAUUAAACGCCAAGUUUCUUUCAAUGUGAGUAAUACACUUUAUAUGGAAUUAUAGCGCUGAAUCAGAUUCUCAGCAGAAUAGAUUAUGUAAAUAAUGAGUGUACCAAAUACAGACACUGAAGUGGCUAAACCUCAUUAGACAUGGCCUUUGCUGCUUAUAUAACUUUUGCAUAAAUGUAGCAGUUUCUUUUCAUAAUAUUAGACUUUUGAAUCGGUAACUGAUUUGAACUGUCAUAGUUCAAACGGUUGGGUUGACUCAUUUCAUACACAACAGACGUGCACCACUGUGCAUAUGAAAAGGAUGUGUCCUGAUACACUGAUCAAACAAUAUGUGUCAAAUUUGGUUUUCUUCUGUAUGUCUGUUAUUUUUCUGCAUUUUUUGUAUAUGCGCUCCAUUCCGAAUGUUGACAGCUUUGCCAUGGAAAUCAGUGCAUGUAACAACAGCUGAGGGCUCAAGGGACAAAGUUGCUGAAAAUGUCAAGUGACUGGUUUGUUAUUUGGCUUAAUACUUCCCCAUCUGUCAAAGAAAUGUUCAGUUUUGCUUUUAUUCCUUUACUUCACCAGCAUACAAAAAUGAUUACAGACCAUGGCAAACUUGUCAUAAAUUGUUUCUUUCUAAUUCCAUUUCAUCUGUAUUUACCUUUGUCAGCAUGCAGGACAAUUAGAGAAUCUUAGGUGUGUGUAUGUGUGUGGGUGUCUCAGUGGGUACAGCAGUCAGUAACUUUGUUAACAGCUUAAUGUACAAGAAUAAUACAGUAUAUGGACGAGUUAAGGGCUUCUGAACCCUUGUCCUUCGGGGCCACAGUGCCUGCAGGAUUUUGUUUAAUUAAGGAUCUACUUUGACUUUGUACUACAUCUUUAGCUAGGUAAAUUUGGCAAAGACUUGCAAGUUAGAAGCAACAGAAGCAAUACUAUUAAUGCUAGACAGAGGUAAUCUAAAAAUAAUGUCCCACAUACUGUAUAACAGUCAUAUACGACAAAAAAACAGCUUAUUAAGUGUUCUAAAACGUAUACUUUUUUUUGUGACAAGCUUGGUAUUUUUUAUUAUUUUCAGUAAGAAAUAUUGGUCAUUCAACACCCUUACAAUUUACCGAUUGGAUGGUUUCAUAAAACAAAUUCUUUAUGCAAGGAA